AUGAUCAAACACGGGGUGGUGAUCACCACGGAGCAGCACACAGGUAGAAAGGGCACCGACAUCGAAAACACGGCGUGCGAUAGCGUCCAUGGAACCGGACAUGACCCACACCAUGACACGUACGAAGUAUACAAUUCGCAAUUUGCGUGCGGAGUGAGGGAAGACGUUUUCCCUUACGAAAGCUUAUCCAGGAUUGAGGAGGACAACGACGGGAACAACAGCAGUCAUCACAACAACAGCACCCAUCGCAAACAUCACACCGAUAAAACCGGGAAAACAAAAAUGAUCAAGGAGCAGCAGAUGGCCAUGGAGAAGGAUCUGAUUUUUCAAAACGAAGUGCUACGGAAUGUGCUAAAGAGUUCCCACCAAGUGAAGGAGAUGCAAAGGGAGCUAUUCAAAGUGGAUGCCCGUGACUUCGUGCCGGUGAUUCCUCCUGCACAGGGACAGAACGCAUAUUCUCUCAAGCGGGACUAUCCCCAGCAGGGUGACGAAGCGGGUGAUAAUAUGGAAGGGCACCCCGAUUGUCACUAUGACGGUCAUAUGGUCAUACGGCAAGGAGGACACCACAAAAGCACCGACCGUAGUGCGCCCAGCAGUAAGGGGAUAAAAAAUCCCAUCGCAUCCAAGACAAACAUGCACCCACCCAGAAUAGGUGAAAUAAAAGUCAACAUAGACGAUAUAAAAAAAGGCCUACUGACAUACUACUCCAACAUUUAUUCCUUGGACCAUUACGAUAUAGAGGAGAGAAUUAAUAUAUUGAAAUAUGGUGAGAAAAAUAUUUCUGAACAUGUUCAGGCGAAUUGUUGCUACAAAAAGAGGGAGCUCCCCACAAGACCUCCUUUUGUGCAUUACAAUGACGAGUUGAACAACCCGAAUUCAGUUACGUACCAAAGUAUGUUACCUGACUACUACUACCAAGAGGGGGCUGGUCGUUCCAGGGAUGGAAAGGAGAGGUUCCACUUGGGUAGUACCAAUUUGGAGCAUCAUGGUAAGAUGGAAGAAACGAAUGCCUUCAAAAGUGAAUACGAUCAUGUAGGACAGAUCUCCGAGCUACUGAGUAGCCUCAAGAACAAAUGUGCGGACGCGAACUUCAAGGCGCAGAGCCUGACCUCGAAGUUUGACAGGAAGUACGAGAACCCGGACAACCGCUUCUGGGUCCACAACCUGGUUCCCAUGCACCUUAGAAAACCGGCGCUCCACAAUGAGGACGGAAUUAGAAAUCACCUGGUCGUGACCUACUCUCAGCUGUAUAACGAAGCAGUGUUGAAUAAAAAGAAGAUCGCCGCGUUGGAGAAAAAGCUACAUAUAUUGAAGCUGCGGGCGAACCUCCCCAGGGGGGGCUACCGGAUGGAGACACGCAAUGCGCUCUGA